CUGUGCGGUGAGUCAUCUGACAGCUGCUCUGGAAUAGAUGCACUUGUUGAAUCAGGUCCUAUUUACCCGGGGGUCACAGGUUGUGUGCUAAGUCAUCUGAAAUCUUUGACAGCUCCCUCGUGAAUGAAAACACACUAAAGAACUGACUGUACUCGAUCGAUUUUAUAACCUCACAUCACCGCAAGCUGCACUGCCAGCAGGACAGAGGUGUUUUGAUGUCUGCACAGCGAUUGUCUCUCUUGUCAUGUGUGCGUACUGCCCUGAGCUGCGGGGUUCUCUUGCUGGCUGCUCUGCCAGACUUCACCACAGGCAAGAAUUGCUCCCACCCGAUUGUACCAGAACAUGGAGGUUUCCGCUGUGAACCCUCUCCCUGUCGCGGUUUCCCUCAAAAGAGCAUCAUUCACUUUUUCUGCGAACCUGGAUACACUCUACCCAAAGGCCACCAUAGGUCAAAGUGUGAGCAUGGGAAAUGGCAUCCCAAAGUGCCCGUCUGCAUGCCCCGACCAGAGGGUCGUCCUGAACAACCAGAAAAAAUAGUCAACUCAAUCCCAAGUGUGGCUACGACUGCUAUUGCGGUGUCCAUCUUCCUUCUAACCACAACGGCCUGUUUGGUCAUCAAAUCCCGUCUAUUCUCCUGUCGAACGCAAUGGAGUUCCUCGGAUCAGUUGGACCUUGUUGUUGAUGGCUUACCUGUAUCUCUUCCCACAUACGAGGAGGCAAUCUACGGCAGUUGGGGCCAGCGACUUCCAUCGUUCCGUGGACCCACUCAGCUCCUGCUGACCCAGGACGCAUCAGAACACAGUCCGCUGACUUCGCUCAUUUGCCCCGAUUCGAAUUGUUGCACUGACACAGCCAAUCAUAGCACAGAUACUCAACCGCCUCCUUACGAAGAGGUCCAAUCACGAUCAAGAGACACUGAGAACGACAGGGACGAACUGGCUUUGCAAAAUGCACUUUCUGUUGAUAAAAACAACUAAUUACUGGACUUUAAUGAACUCACCCUUAGCCUUUUGAUUGUUCGUGUCCUUGCACAGGAAUCCUUGUAACUUUUCCUUCUGCCUUUGCUUGUGGAUUCAUCCUUCUUUUUUUUUUUGGCUUAAAAUGCCAGUGAAAAACUGGUGUAGAUGUUUCGAAAUGAAUGGUCAGAUAUGUUUGGUUUUCCUUAGUAACGUGCUGCAAUAUUGAUUAUGUCAAUGUUUUCACUGACCAGGUGGAGAUGCGGUUCCCUCCGUGAGGGGAAACAAGGUGUUUUAAGGGGACUUUUAUGAUUGAUGAAUGACUUUUAUUUAAUGAUGCAGGUAUAACAGCCAUUUCUGUAAGAACGAGGUGCUGUGUAAUUACAUUUUCAGGGUUAUGACUCAAGAUUAGCAUGGAAAUAAUAUGAUUUCACCUUAUUCAGUGUUUCUCAGAGCAUUUACAUUGAUUGAAUGUUAGAAGCGGAUUGAGAUUGUGCCUGUUGACUGAUGGAUGUAGUAUAUAUGAUUUUAUUUUAAUUCCUUCCACCUGAACAAGUCUAUUGUUAAAUGUUGCAUUAACAUAUAGAACAGUGGAACCGACUUGAAGUGUGCUUGCUGAACGGACAUUGAAUGUUUUGUAUUUGUUUUUUGUUUGGCAUUUUAUGAUAUGUAACAUUUACAUCAUUAAAUCCUGUACAUAAUUCUGCACAAUUAGUGUAUGCAAAAGUAAUAAUAAUACACUUGUAAAAUUUUAUGAACUGAAUGUUUGCUAUUAAAAAUGAUUUUAAAUCUUU